AUGGAUAAGGAAGUGUGUGGAAUACUCAUUUCUAUAAGUAACUCGAUUUACAAAAGUCCAAACGGAAAAGGAGAGUAUCAAAUUAUUAUUAAUAGAGACGCUUUAAGUGGGUAUUGUAGUAGUAACAACUGUAGUGAUGAUCUCGCAAAAAUUAAUGCUGGAUGUUUAUAUUUGCUUGAUGCAUUCUUUAAGGAUUCUUCUGCGUUUAAGUCGUAUGCAAAAAGUAACAUCGAUAUUGUUGAAUACAUUAUCAUAUGGUUAAGUUAUAUGUUAAACCUAAAGAAAAGUGAAGAAAAUAAGACUAAUCUACGAUAUUUUUAUGACACAUAUAUAAAUAAUGAUAUGUAUAAAAAGUCUAUAACUGAUGUUAAGGAAUAUAAAGAUUAUAAGGAGCUUAUAGAUAAAAAAAAAGAUUUGAUAAAUAUGGAUAUGAGCAUUAUAUCUGAGUUAUAUAAUGAAUUUAAAAGAUUAUGUAUGAUGUAUUAUGAAUUUGAUGAAAAAAAUCCAAAAUGCAAUGAAUAUUCGGAGAAAGCUAAAGAAUUUGUUGUAAAAUAUAAAAAAAUGAAGGGAAGUCCUAAUGUUACUAAAGGUAGUCCAUAUUAUAAAUUAUUGUCUACACUAUCAAAGGAUUAUGAUAAUUUUAAAAAGAAAUGUAGUGCUAAAUGUUCCAAUUCAUCCUUCCCAACGAUAGAAAAAGCAGAAAAUGAUGUAAAAAAUUCUGAACAAAUUGUACAAACAUUAGAACAAAUUUCUGAAGACCCAUCAUCAAGUUCGUCGAUAACAAACAAAUUAUUUAUAGUUUUAUCGAUAUUUGGUGCAAUAGCAUUUUUUUUAGGAAUUUCUUAUAAGUAUUCGUUAUUUGGAUUUCGGAAACGAUUUCAAAAACAAAAAUUAAAAGAAAAAAUAAAAUAUAUAAAGAAGAGAAUGAAUCAAUAA